AUGUCGACGACAGCAGGCUCAGCCCCGAAUGGCUCAGCGGUAAAGAAGCCCAACGGAAAGAAGGAGAUCAAGAUUCUUAUGCUCCACGGCUACACCCAAUCCGGGCCCCUCUUUCGCUCAAAAACUCGCGCCCUAGAGAAACUCAUCGCAAAGUCCUUGGGCCCCUUCAACCUCGUCCCAACCCUCUUCUACCCAACAGGCCCAUCACAGCUCUCCCCGCGCGACAUCCCAGGCUUCGUCCCGGACGAGUCCGCCAACGGCGAGGACCAGGAGAUCGACGCCUGGGCCUGGUGGCGCAAGGACGAGUCCUCGGGCUCCUACCGCUUCCUGGCCCAGGGCAUCUCCACUGUCGCCGACGCGGUUCGCGAGGCUGGCGGCGUCGACGGUGUGGUGGGCUUCAGCCAGGGCGGUGCCUUUGCCGCGCUCCUGGCGGCGAUCCUGGAGGGCCCGCAUCGCGAUGAGACCAUGCCGGCUGACUUGAAAGCUUCCGCGCAGGCGUUGAGGGAGGCUAAUGGUGGCCGGCCGUUCAAGUUUGCGGCUAUUUACUCUGGUUUCUUUGCGCCGCCCACGGAGUUGGAGUGGGCGUAUGAGCCCAAGAUCAAGACACCUACGCUGCACUUCCUUGGUAGCUUGGACACCGUGGUUGAGGAGUCAAGGAGUCAGGGGCUUGUGGACCGAUGCGAAGAGCCGAUAGUCGUUGUCCACCCUGGUGGGCAUUACGUGCCCAUCACCAAGGAGUGGGCUAUGCCGCUCAUCGGCUUCAUUAAGAAGAUUGCCGACGAGGAGGCAGCGAAGAGCAACAUCUAG